UCAGAAUCUGCAGAACUCCACCAACGUGAAUAAGCUGAUAGAAAAUGUGUGCCAAAAUGGGCACCACUUCAAUCUGAACAAAUUUGGCAGCUGCAGUUCACUAAUUACGACAACCACCGGUCACGUUUCCACCAAUGGUUCGACAACGCGCGACAACAUGAACUCGGCGAUCAGUGUCAGUUCGGCCGAGGAGCCGCUAAGUGUGGCGGACGUUGCAGAAUUACUACACCCGCAGUAUGCGAUCAUAACUGGCGGCAGGUCAAAGGAUGGUUGCCCGCUAAUAACGUUUCCCGAUGUCGCCAACUUUCACAAUCUCACCGACCUGGAGUACCAAAAACUGAUCCUGUACCUUACGACCGUACCGUCGCUGUCGGAGGCUGAUUUGGGCUUUAACUUGAUCAUCGAUCGCCGUAAAGAUCGUUGGGCAGCCGUGAAGGCGGUGCUGUUGAAAAUAUCCAUUUACUUUCCGGCAAUGAUACACUUCGUAUACGUCAUACGACCGGUGGGCUUUCUGCAGAAGGCCAUCUCGGAAGUAAGCAAUAAGUUUUUUAAGGAAGACUUUCGAUUCCGUGUGAUUGUGUGUGCAACACUCGACGAACUGUACGAACACGUGUGCCGCAGUCAGCUGACCCUGGAGUUGGGCGGCGAACUGUCGUACUCGCACCACGAGUGGAUCCAGCAGCGGAUAUCGUUGGAAAAGUUUUCCGGCCUCACAAAUGUGAUCUCAUGCAAUUUGGAUGCGUUCAUGAAAACGAUCCACGAAAUGGAGUUUCCCAACUCGGUGGAUGCUACCGAAAAGCUGACGCUAGAGCAAGGGCAGCAGUACGAAAAGUUAAAGGAAGACAUACUUUCCGCCGGUCGACAUGGCGAAUCACUGCUAGAGGAGAUGAAAACUAAGCGUGAUUGCGAUUACGAUCGCGAAACGUUAGAAAGAUUCGGCAACAUUAGCUCCAUAGAAAGUCGCGAUUGUCACAGACUUUUGGUGCAACUGGAGGAAACCGAGCGACACUUUGAGGACUUUUGGACCAUCCACCUAUCGCGGCUGAAAAAAUGUCUCGAGCUCCGUCGUUUCGAACAAGACUUCCGCGAGCUACAGACUAAUUUCGACCGUCACUUGAAAGCCAUCUCAGAUAUGACCGAAAUAGGUGAAACUGUCGCCCGGAUGGAUCAUUUGCUGGAAGAAAUCAAAGAAUUCGAACACCUGUGCAGUGCGGAUAUGGGCCGAGCCCAGCAGGUCAUCGGUACGGGCCAGAAGUUGAUCGGAACGAAAGGAUGCAUAAGCUCGUGCCCGAGAGAGGUGGUACAACCGAAGUGUGACGAGUUGGGUCGCGUCUGCGAACUGAUCACCGACCGUAUCUCGAAACGCAUUGAAACACUGGCCAAGGCGCGCGAGCUGAUGGAACGCGUGGAAAAGGCCAACCAGUGGUGUGCUCGCGGAAUUGAGUUGCUGGCAACGCAACGGAUCGAAAAAUGUUCCGUGUCGGCCGAACUAGCGGAGCAAAGUUUGCAAGAGAUACAAAACUAUCUGGCGUCCGCCGCGGAGUUUAAGUUGUCUAGUCCAAAAGAAUUCAAAAACGAAAUCCUAGAAAGUACAACACUGGAGACGAAGGCAUUAGUAUCGCAGGUUCUCCAGCGAAUCGAUGACGUUCAGCUGAUGUGCGAUAAACGUAUGGUGACGUUGAAGAAGCUAACAUUAAAACCCCCACGUCCAGUGCAGACCGUUACGCCGGAACCGGCUGUUCCGUUGCAACCGCCCGGUGGUGCACCUCAUCCCAUGUUUCGCACACGCCGAUCCUACGGCAAGAUCGACAGCUUCUCGGCACGGCCAAGGUCCAUCGAUGGUCCGCCCGACUCGGGCAUCUCGAUCAGCAGCGAUACCGUCAUUGCCAGCUCGGACAGUGAUCUCAAUUUGCAAAGUCAAACGGAUUCUGACGAACGAAAGCUAAAGCGAGGGCAUGUGCUGGCCGAGCUGCUGGAAACCGAGCGGAUAUAUGUCGCCGAAAUGGGGUCCCUUUUGCGGGGUUACAAAGACGAGAUGGUAUCGGAAGAGAUGGGCUCUCUUGUGCCACCGGGUCUCCAGGGGAAGUCGGACAUACUCUUCGGUAACCUACACGAGCUGUACACCUUCCACAACGAUAUCUUCUUGAAGGACCUGGAAAACUGCAUUUCCACAACCGAACUAGUCGCACUCUGCUUUGUUCAACGGCGAGAUACCUUCUUCCGGCUGUACUCGUACUACUGUCAAAACAUACCCCGUUCCGAGCGUCUUCGGGAGACCCUCGUCGAUACGCAUCUGUUCCUGCAGGAAUGCCAAAAGAAGCUCGGCCACAAGCUACCGCUCGCUGCGUACCUGCUAAAGCCCGUGCAAAGGAUCACCAAAUACCAGUUACUUCUCAAAGAUUUGCUCAAAUUCAGCGACACCGGCACCUGCUCGCGGGAGCUACAGAAAGCGCUGGACUGCAUGCUGGUUGUACUGAAGUGUGUCAACGAUUCGAUGCACCAAAUCGCUAUUACAGGCUUUCCCGCCGAUCUAUCGCAACAGGGCGAACUGCUGCUCCAGGAUUCGUUCCAAGUGUGGACGGAUGGCAAGAAAGACCUUCGAAUACGGCUGAAAGCGCAAAACAGGCACAUUUUCCUCUACCAAAAGGCGAUGCUCUUCUGCAAGCAAGGCUCCAAGACGGGGCACAACAAAAGUACCUACCAAUUCAAACACUGGCUACAGAUGUCGCAGAUUGGUUUGACCGAAUCAGUGCGAGGAGACUUGCGACGGUUCGAAGUGUGGCUACAGGGCCGACAAGAGGUGCACACAAUACAAGCGGCCACGAUUGAGAUUAAAAACAAAUGGGUCGCAGAAAUCAAACGAGUCCUGUUGAACCAGCUGGAGGAGCUGAAGGGCGAAAAGAUCAAGCAGUACAGCAUGAAUCAUAAGCCCCUGCGACACACUGCUUCCUGGGACACACCACCUGCGCUGCACUGCACACCGAAUCGUGCACUGAGCUGUGACCAGCAGCAGGCCAACGGUGGUGGAAUACUUGGUCUCGCGCAAGAUGUCGUCACGCGGAUAGGGCAUAUGAAUGACGAGGGUCUGCUGAAUUCUACCGUCAUCUCAUCGUCGUCCUCGGAGCACGACAAUCAGGAGGCAAAUGCGUGGAGCUCAGACUACUCCAACAGUGAAGACGAAUUCACCACCGUGGAGGAUAGUGUGGUGCCGGGUCACAAGUUUGUAUCGCUAGCGGAUUACUGCGCCAUGGGCAACUCGGAAGUGUCCAUGAAGGAAUCCGAUGUGGUGGAGCUGCUGAAAGUAGGAUGUGCUGGCUGGUGGUUUGUUAAAGUGAUCGCAACCGGUCUUGAAGGCUGGGCACCGGCAGCCUAUCUCGAACCAAGUAACCGUAAAAACUCGCGCAUACGAAGUGCCCGCAGCCAAGACAAGCUGAACGAUCACUAGAACCAGGUUCACGCGUCAUGAAGCGACGUAACGUGUCGACGGUAAACCCCCAUGGCCAAAGUGUAAAGUGUUUGUAUUAAAUGUGUGUUAACCUUUCGUGCAGGUGAUAAUAUUCGAAUCAGAAAUAAUCAAAUAAGUGACAGUAUGUCGCCUAACGGAAAGUGCUUCGUAAAGUUCCAUGAUCAUGUAGCAAAUCUCAACCGUACCACGUACCGUAUAACUGAAUAAUAUGACCGAAUGAAUAUGUAAGCGUAAUGGGAUUGACCACGUUCUCACUCGAGUAGUUUUGCUUGACUCCUAUUGUACUACACUUUCUACUACCGUAAGACUCGGGACUCGGAUAAUGCUGCAAAUACUGUUGGAUAUUUAUUGUUUAUUUAUUUAGCAUCUAGCAGUGCCGCUCGGUUUCGACCGGGACGGCUCAAAACAACUUUCAAUACAAUGUUUUGUUUCGAGCUUCAAACUUUUGCCUGUCAGCCGUCGAAUGAAGCAUCAUCGAUGCACGCUUGGCGGACUUGUUAUCGAUAGUUCCGGUUUUGAUUUGAUACGGAAUCACUGUGCCGGUCACAGACAUUCUUGUGUUAUCCAUGUUGAAUUCAUUCAUCGCUUUUCGCGUUUUCCUCUACUACGCUUGUGUGCUGCUUCCUGUUUGGUGCCUCAGCACUGCUUCUUAAGAAGUUGAAGAACGUGUUGAAUCGAGAAUACCGAGAAUUUGCUUCUGAUUGUUCCCCAGUAACAAUUGUAUCAAACAUACUUCACAAUAGUAGGCCCAUCAAUGCUUCAAUUGCUUCAGAGUACUGAUCAUAUCACAAAUACAUACACAGAUAUACCGUUCUUCUUGGUAUUGUUUUUUCUGCUGUUUCGAUAGUUAUGUGCAAUAUUAUCCCCUUGUUUUGUUUUGAUGUAUAAAACUGCUCAAUUUUGUUAUCUUUUAAACACCU